AUGCUGUUCAUAUCUAUCUAUCUAUCUAUCUAUCUAUCUAUCUAUCUCAGUCUGUUCAUAUCUAUCUAUCUAUCUAUCUCAGUCUGUUCAUAUCUAUCUAUCUCAGUCUGUUCAUAUCUAUCUAUCUCAUCUGUUCAUAUCUAUCUAUCUAUCUAUCUAACUAUCUAUCUAUCUCAGUCUGUUCAUAUCUAUCUAUCUAUCUAUCUAUCUAUCUAUCUAAAUAUCUAUCUAUCUCAGUCUGUUCAUAUCUAUCUAUCUAUCUAUCUCAGUCUGUUCAUAUCUAUCUAUCUAUCUAAAUAUCUAUCUAUCUCAGUCUGUUCAUAUCUAUCUAUCUAUCUCAGUCUGUUCAUAUCUAUCUAUCUAUCUAUCUAUCUCCAGUCUGCUCAUUAUCUAUCUAUCUAUCUAUCUAUCUAUCUCUAUCCGUCUAUCUCUCAGUCUGUUCAUUAUCCAUCUAUCUAUCUAUCUAUCUAUCUAUCCAUCUAUCACAGUCUGUUCACAUCUCUCUAUCUCCAUCUAUCUCUCAUCUCCAUCUGUUCAUCCAUCUGUCUAUCUAUCUCAGUCUGUUCAUAUCUAUCUAUCUAUCUAUCUAUCUAUCUAUCUAUCUAUCUAUCUCAGUCUGUUCAUAUCUAUCUAUUUAUCUAUCUCAUCUGUUCAUAUCUAUCUAUCUAUCUAUCUAUCUAUCUAUCUAUCUCAGUCUGUUCAUAUCUAUCUAUCUAUCUAUCUAUCUAUCUAUCUAUCUAUCCAUCUAUCUAUCUAUCUCAGUCUGUUCAUAUCUUCAUCUAUCUAUCUAUCUAUCUAUCUCAGUCUGUUCAUAUCUAUCUAUCUAUCCAUCCAUCUAUCUAUCUAUCUAUCCAGUCUGUUCACAUCUAUCUAUCUAUCUAUCCAUCUGUUCAUAUCUAUCCAUACUCCAUCCAUCCAUCUAUCUAUCUAUCUAUCCAUCCAUCUCAGUCUGUUCCCAUAUCAUCUAUCUAUCUAUCCAUCUAUCUAUCUAUCUCAGUCUGUUCAUAUCUAUCUAUCCAUCCAUCUAUCUAUCUAUCUCAGUCUGUUCAUAUCAUCCAUCUAUCUAUCCAUCUAUCCAUCUAUCUAUCUCAGUCUGUUUCCUAUCUAUCUAUCUAUCUAUCUAUCUCAGUCUGUUCUAUCUAUCUAUCUAUCUAUCAUAUCUAUCUAUCUAUCUAUCUAUCUAUCUAUCUCCAUCUGUUCAUCUAUCUAUCUCUCUAUCUAUCUAUCUAUCUAUCUAUCUGUCUGUUCAUAUCUAUCUAUCUAUCUAUCUCAGUCUGUUCAUAUCUAUCUAUCUAUCUAUCUAUCUAUCUCAGUCUGUUCAUAUCUAUCUAUCUGUCUCUGUCUGUUCAUAUCUAUCUAUCUAUCUAUCUAUCUCAGUCUGUUCAUAUCUAUCUAUCUAUUUCAUUCGGCUCAUAUCUAUCUAUUCCAAACUGGUUAUAUCUAUCUAUCUAUCUAUCUAUCUAUCUAUCUAUCUAUCUAUCUAUCUCACUAAGUGAGAAGUGUUCAUUAUUUUGUCACCCACCCCUCCUCAAAUACUGGUCAGUUGCUUUUUUUUGUUUAUUUGUCUCCCUUCGUUCUACACACCCUUUCACAGUAAUCCCCUCCAUUUUAAGCUCAUUUUAUAUUGUGCUCUUUUUUUUUAUCAGUUUUUUCUUUUCCUUUACUCUUACCUUUACAUUUUCUUCAUUUUUGAUAUUUUUUGCUUCACUCUUUCUUUUUGCUUUUUUGCUUCUCUCUUUCUUUUUCCUUUUUUGCUUCUCUCUUUUUCCUUUUUUGCUUCUCUCUUUUUCCUUUUUUGCUUCUUUCUUUCUUUUUCCUUUUUUGCUUCUCUCUUUCUUUUUCCUUUUCUUUCUUUUUCCUUUUUUGCUUCUCUCUUUCUUUUCCUUUUUUGCUUCUCUCUUUCUUUCUUUUUCCUUUUUUGCUUCUCUUUCUUUUUCCUUUUUUUGCUUGUUUCUUUCUUUUUCCUUUUUUGCUUCUCUCUUUAAUAUUUUUCUUUGUCUACUUCUUUGUUGCUAUUUUAAUUUUUUUCUUUUUCUUUUACCUUUUUAUCUUUAUUUUCUAGUUUUAAUUACUAUUCUUCUUUACUUUUUCUUUUUCCCUAAUUUCUUCAGUUACCGACAUUCUUUCGCACUUAACUCAUCCUUUAUUAAGUUUUCUUUCUUUUUUGCUUCAUUCUUUUACAGUUUUUAUCAUUUCUCUUUUAUUCUCUUUCAUUUUUCUCCUUCAGGGUUUUUUUAUAAUCUUUCAUUCAUCACUUUUCAGUCAAUUUGUAAUCUUUCUUAUUUUCUUUUACUUUCCUAUUCGCUUUGCCUCCUUAAAUUAUUUUUCAUAAUCGUUUAUUAUCUCCCUUAUUUCCUUCCCAUGAUCCUCUGUGUUUUUCUUUAUUAUUUUCCUCUCGAACUGACUAUCGACUUUUUGCUAACUUCUUCUUCUUCUUCUUCUUCUUUCUUCUUCUUCUUCUUCUCCUUCUUCUUCUUCUUCUCCUUCUUCUUCUUCUUCU